AGCCUCGGUAGUCAGAUUCAUCCGACAGAAGCAGUGGGGCAGUAGUUUCAUUGAGCCUGCAGUACAUUUUUGUUCCUUUUCAGGGUUUUUGGCCAAAGAGGCUCCAGACUUCAUAACUAUAAAUACCUGGAUUUCUGAGAGUUUUCUUGUUUUCUGAGUGAUUUUAUUUUUAAGUCUGCAACCAUGUCGACGGCAGUAGAGGUAACCGGCUUCAUCAUGGCUGUGAUCAGUUUUCUGGUGACCGGAACAUCGCUGUCUAACGACUACUGGAAGAUUUCCACCGUGUCCGGCAGUGUCAUCAUCUCCCAGAGGCAGUUCGAGAACUUGUGGCACGCCUGUGCCGAAAACAGCGCAGGCAUCGCUGAGUGUCGGGACUUUGACUCACUGCUUGGCCUCCCAGCUCACGUUCAGGCGUGCCGCGCUCUCAUGAUCAUCUCUCUGCUGCUUGGCCUCGGCUGCAUUAUCGUGGCUCUGCUGGGACUCAAGUGCAUCAAGAUCGGCUCCACCACAGAGGAAUCCAAGGCCAAGAUCGCCACUACAGGGGGCAUCCUGAGCAUGCUGGGAGGUCUGUGCUGCAUCAUCGCAUGUUCCUGGUACGGAUUCCAGGUCGUCCAGGAUUUCCACAACCCGUUUAAUGGAGGAGUUAGGUUUGAGCUGGGGACCGGCCUGUACCUGGGCUGGGCUGGAGGUGCCCUGGCUGUGCUGGGUGGCGCUCUCCUCUGCACCGCCUGUAAGAGGGUGGCAGCUGCCAAGAAGGGCGGAUACUUUGGAAAGUCUAAGCAGAAGGUUUACACCGCCACGGCCAAAUCGGAUCCAGAGUCAUCCAGAGCCUACGUCUAACAUGCACACAAAUACACAAACACACACGUACACACCGCUACACUCUCACUGUCAGGAUGCUUACUUGUGAAGCUAACUUAAGCUUUUUCUACGGUAAACUGUUCCAGGGACUGACAGUGCCGGGACAGGCGGAUGCUCCGCCUAAAGUUAUGACAUUAAGAAAACAUUCAGGGCAUUAGCUUUAUUUGUUUAACUAAUCAUAGAGACAAAUCCUACACUGAAGUUUAACUGUCCUCUGUACUUUUGUUGUUUUUGUUUUUUUGUUUUUUUUGUAAAGGUUGAGGAUGUGGAAUCUUCAUCACUGAUCCUAUGAAUACAGAAGUUUGUGAUCAUCUGAUUUCAAUUGUAAAGAACACUCAGUUUGUUUGUACCUGAAUAAAGUUUAUAUUACAUAAUAAAUGAGCAGCUUUUGUUUCUGUUAAGCAAACAAAUUAAUGUUAUAACAUUUUUCUUCUCUUUUUAAAAUCAAAACAUCAGAAAUUGUAAAUCCAUACCAUGACUAAAUAAAUUCAAUAAAUAAAUUCAAUAAA